AUGGUCAAAAGCCAUUUAGACAUCAUUGGGUACAUUAUUUCCCGCUGCUCAGAAGAUGUUAGGAUUUGGUCAGCUAAGUGUUUAUCCUCGAGGGAGGGACGCCCUAAACUCCUCAAUUUACGCGGCCACCAGCAAUCUCCGGAAAUAUCCGGCUAUCUCCGGCUAUCUCCGGCAAUCUCCGGCAGUCUCCGGCAAUCUCCGGCAAUCUCCGGCAAUCUCCGGCUAUCUCCGGCUGUCUCCGGCUAUCUCCGGCUGUUUCCGGCGAUCUCCGGCAAUCUCCGGCAAUCUCCGGCAAUCUCCGGCAAUCUCCGGCUAUCUCCGGCUAUCUCCGGCAAUCUCCGGCUAUUUCCGUCUAUUUCCGGCAAUCUCCAGCAAUCUCCGGCAAUCUCCGGCUAUCUCCGGCUAUCUCCGGCAAUCUCCGGCAGUCUCCGGCAAUCUCCGGCAAUCUCCGGCAAUCUCCGGCUAUCUCCGGCUGUCUCCGGCUAUCUCCGGCUGUUUCCGGCGAUCUCCGGCAAUCUCCGGCAAUCUCCGGCAAUCUCCGGCAAUCUCCGGCUAUCUCCGGCUGUCUCCGGCUAUCUCCGGCUGUUUCCGGCUAUCUCCGGCAAUCUCCGGCUAUCUCCGGCUAUCUCCGGCUAUCUCCGGCUAUCUCCGGCUAUCUCCGGCUAUCUCCGGCAAACUCCGGCAGUCUCCGGCAAUAUCCGGCAAUCUCCGGCAAUCUCCGGCUAUCUCCGGCUGUCUCCGGCUAUCUCCAGCUGUUUCCGGCGAUCUCCGGCAAUCUCCGGCAAUCUCCGGCUAUCUCCGGCUGUCUCCGGCUAUCUCCGGCUGUUUCCGGCUAUCUCCGGCAAUCUCCGGCUAUCUCCGGCUAUCUCCGGCUAUCUCCGGCUAUCACCGGCUAUCUCCGGCUAUCUCCGGGUAUCUCCGGCUAUCUCCGGCUAUCACCGGCUAUCUCCGGCUAUCUCCGGCUAUCUCCGGCUAUCUCCGGCUGUUUCCGGCUAUCUCCGGCUAUCUCCGGCUAUCUCCGGCUAUCUCCGGCUAUCUCCGGCUAUCUCCGGCUAUCUCCGGCUAUCUCCGGCUAUCUCCGGGUAUCUCCGGCUAUCUCCGGCUAUCUCCGGCUAUCUCCGGCAAUCUCCGGCAGUCUCCGGCAAUCUCCGGCAUUCUCCGGCUAUCUCCGGCUAUCACCGGCUAUCUCCGGCUAUCUCCGGCUAUCUCCGGCUAUCUUCGGCUGUUUCCGGCAUUCUCCGGCAAUCUCCGGCUAUCUCCGGCUAUCUCCGGCUAUCUCCGGCUAUCUCCGGCUAUCUCCGUCCAUCUCCGUCUAUCGCCGUCUAUUUCCGUCUGAAGCACCCGUUCCAGUCAAGUCAAGUCAAGGUA